UGUACCUACACCUAGCCUAAAGACGAUAUUGUAGUAGCAGCUUUGUCGCCACACUGACGAGGUCCGGAGCGGGAGGCUUUUCGGGUAUUUAGUCCGUCACAAAACACGACAGAGUAGGUUUGGCCUCGUUUGUUUGCUGCUCUGCUCCACCGCGGCUGCGUCGUCGCUUGGCCUACUCGUCGCUGUGCCCAGUCCCUCUUCCUCUUCUCCAAUAUACCACUCUCAGUCUUGGUGGUGCAUGGCUUGGUGAUACAACGCCCACACUCGUCUUCCUGUCUGUAUCUUGUUACCUUCCUCUCGCCAUGGAAAAAUACAGCCAAUUUCGCGACAAAGGCACUGCAAUUGCGCCUUUCCUCCCCGUGCCACCCCCGCCGGUCGGCAUCCUCUGGCAUCCGAUAUACCUCUUCCUCUUCUGCGUCCGCACGCCUUUCGUCAUUGCCUUUUCACUUUUGUACUUCUUUGGCCUCGAGUUCACACCUGUGGGCAGAAGGCUGAAAUAUGUGGUACUGUGGCUGAUGCUAGGAAUUCUGGGAGUGUGGUGGGUGGACUUGCAGGUUGAUGGGGUCAAGAGAGGACAACUAAACUCAGCCAAAAACCAUCUGCCUAAGGCUGGCACCAUUGUCGCUUCAUCCUUUACUUCGCCUCUCGACCCGCUCUACCUUGCGGGCAUCUUCCAGCCAAUCUUCACAAAGUCCUAUCCGCACCUCCGCAAGGUCGAGCGCAUAACCCUUUUCCGCGCCAUCUUGCUUGCCUUCUCGCCGCCUUCCUUGAGUCCACACGAUCCGUCCAAGCUCGUCACGCUCAAACAACUCAUUAGCGAAAACCCCGACAGGAUCAUAUGUGUCUUCCCAGAGACUACUACAACAAACGGAAGGGGCAUUAUACCGCUGUGUCCUAGUCUGCUAAGCGCCGAUGGUAAAACCAAAAUCUAUCCUGUCAACCUCAGGUACACACCGCAGGAUGUGACCACCCCUGUUCCUGGUGGUUAUUUCUCUUGGUUCUGGCGUCUUCUCAGCAAGCCAUCGCACCAAAUGCGUGUCCGUAUCGCCUCGCGUGUGUAUAAUAGCACAAAUCAAGACUCUCCAGCAAAAGCAACAUCGGAUUUGCAUAAGAGCAAGGCAACGGCUAGUGGCUAUGACGCAAACAUUUUUGAACACCCCGAUUUCAAAGACGGAUUCAUUGGGACAAAUGGCGGGGUUGGAGAUGGCAUGGAUGUUGAUGCUGGUGGUGCCGAUAACGGCCAUGAAAUCAGUCCUGAAGAACAAAAGGUGCUCGAGCGGGUUGCUGAGGAUCUUGCGCGCUUAGGUAGAGUAAAGAGGGUGGGUCUAGGUGUUGAAACGAAGGUUGAGUUUCUGAAGGUGUGGGGUAGUCGAAGGAGAUGAAGAGACCAGUCAUCACCUGGUGAACGGGUAAUUUAUUCUAAAUAUCCGAUGUAUAGUGAUAUGUGGAUUAGAUCGAGCUUGGUAGCGUUGUACUUGCACAUCACAGUUCUAAUAUCAUCAACAUGUU